UUCACUGCAGCUCCCCUCCCUUCCAUUUGUUAUACAGCACUUCUCAUUCUGACGGUGGUUCAGUUCCCGAUGGAGGAGCAAAACGUUAUCACAGAGGUCCCGGUAGCCCUACAGCGUCUGGCCAAGUAUAUAGUGCGUGGUUUCUACGGUGUAGAGUACGCCCUGGCCCUCGAUAUACUGAUCCACUACUCCUGUGUGAAAGAGGAUGACUUGCUACAGCUGCUCAAGUAUGAACGUAAACAGCUGCGGACUGUCCUCAACACGCUCAGGGCAGACAAGCUGGUGAAAAUGCGUAUGAGAGUUGAAACAGGGCCUGGUGGGAAGAGCACAAGGCACAAUUACUAUUACAUCAAUUACAAGGUGCUGGUGGAUGUGGUAAAAUACAAACUGGAUCAUGUGCGCCGGAAAAUAGAAGCAGAUGAGCGGAAUUCAACUACCAGAUCCUCUUUUAUAUGUCCAUCUUGCUCUAGCACUUACACAGACCUUGAAGUCAAUCAAAUCUUUGAUGCAUUUACAGAGACUUUCCACUGCACUUACUGCAACACUGAAGUGGAGGAAGAUGCCUCAGUGUUCCUGAAGCGUGAUGCUCAAACCUUGUUGGCAAAGUUCAAUGAGCAGAUGGAACCUGUCUUUGCACUGCUGCGUGAGACUGAAGAUAUUGUUCUGCCAUAUGACCUGCUGGAGCCUCAGCCAACAGAAAUACCAGAAUUAUCAGAAAGCUUUGAUCAGAAGUUGGGCUCAAGUGCACUGGAAUCCUGCAGCUGCCCUGAAAAACAGGCAUACAGAAGUUCCUCUUUCAGCAUUACGUACACCCAAAAUGUAGUUAUUGAUGUCCAAGAGUCAAAGCAGGAAAAGAAAAGAGAAAAAACAACUACAGAGCAACCUAUCUGGUUGUCACAGAGCACCGUGGAAGGAGCAACAAUAGCCAUCAACAACAGUGGAGUAAAUGCUUCUAAAGAAAUUGAAGAAAGUCUUAAAGAAACUGUCAACAAUAAUGAAAUCCUGAACACUCUUCUGAUUCAUGAAUUGAAGUCAUCAUCUAGCACACAGCAGGCUCCUGUUGUCAAAAGCAAACUACAUGAAUCAGGCAGUGAUAGCAGCGAGUUUGAAGAGGAUGCCAAGUGCUCAAGAGGAGCAGGAAUGAAAGCAGCAGAAGGGAACUCUGAACAAGAGGAACAGGAAACUCUAGGUCCCAUUGUAAUGGUAGCUGGACAGCCACAUGCAUAUGCUGAAGUCAGUGAAAAUCCAGAGCUUGUGUCUCUUAUGACAAAAGAAGAGAGAGAAGCUUAUAUAAAAGUAGGACAAGAAAUGUUUCAGUCUGUCUUUGAGUAA